AUGCAAAAGGGUUUAAUCAAAGCAAUUAAAAACUUGCUGCCAGAAGUAGAGCAUCGUAUGUGUGCAAGGCACAUCCUUGCAAAUUGGGGCAAAAUAUGGAGAGGGGGUGAAAUGGAGAAAAUGUUCUGGAUAUGUGCUUGGAGCACAUAUCCAGAAGAUUUUAAAGCAAAUCUUUGCAAGCUGGCUGAGGUGAAACUUGAAGCAGUAACAGACCUAAUACAUUAUCAACCUCACACAUGGUCAAGAGCAUACUUCACAAGUAGGUGCUCAUCUUGGUCAGUAGACAACAACAUAUCUGAAUGUUUCAAUGCUUGGAUUAGAGAAGCAAGACACAAGCCAAUAAUGUCUAUGCUUGAAGAAAUUAGACUGAAGACAAUGACCAGAAUUGCUGUAAAUAGGGAUCUUGUAGACAAAUGGGUUACAAGUUGGAGUCCAGUUUGUAUGAACUUAUUUCAAGACAACAAGGAGCUUGCUGCUGAAACAUGUGAAGCUGUAUUCAAUGGGGACCAUGGGUUUGAAAUUGGUGAUGGGGACGACAAGCACACUGUCUUACUGAACAGGAAAGCAUGCACCUGCAGAGCUUGGGAACUCACUGGAAUCCCUUGUGCCCAUGCAAUGACAGCAAUGCGCCACCUGAAGCUUGAUCCAAAAGCCCACAUUUCAUUGUAUUAUCACAAGUCCAAAUAUGUGGCAGCAUAUCAGUUUUCUAUGCAGCCAGUUCCUGGGAAGAUAUUUUUUAAAAUACAUGAGUUCAAGUCAAUGGAUCCACCACCAGUCACAAAUAGGCCUGGGAGGCCAAGAAAGAAAAGGAUUAGAGGUUUGCAUGAGUCUCAACCAGGAACAAGGCUAAGCAAGAAAGGCAGAAAUGUGGCAAGUGUGGAGUAG